AUCAGUUCUCUGUGACGGGCAAAGAUAUGGGUGGGUUCUUUAAAUGGAAAGUAUGACAGAGUCCCACCCAUACCAGUUAAGUAGCUAUCUAGCUUAGUCAAAACUGCGGCUGGUCAUAGAAUUACGUCCAUCCAGGAAGAGGCUAUACAAGCAGACUGAACCAUGAGCUACCCUGGAUACCCCCCCCAGGCAGGUGGAUACCCACAACAGCCUGGGGCUUUUCCUCAACAACCUGGUGCCUACCCCCCUCAGCCUGGAGUAUACCCUCCCCAAGCUGGAGGCUACCCGCAGCAGCCAGGCGGUUACCCUCCUCAACCAGGAGGCUAUCCUCCACAGGCAGGAGGCUAUCCUCCACAGGCAGGAGGCUAUCCUCCACAGGCAGGAGGCUAUCCUCCUCAGGCUGGAGGCUAUCCGCCUCAGGCUGGAGGCUAUCCACAGGCACCACCACAAGGCAGCUGGGGAGGUGGCCCAGCUGGUGGAUAUCCCUCUAUUGGUCUUGACAACUUAUCCAACCCUGGAUACAUGGCUGGCAUGGCCAACCAGAUCUCUUCUGUCAUGGCGGGGUUUACUCAAAACCCAUCCAUGUUCGCCCAAGCCCCUGGGGGUCACCCACCUGCCACUCAGCCUGGCGGGUAUGGUUCCCCCAUCCCUAACCAACAGUCAUAUGGCCUGUACCCACAGCCCGGAGGGAACAUGCAACACCCCCAAGGCCCAGGGAUGGGCUACCCUGGUCAGCCUGGUCAGCCUGGUCAGCCUGGUCAGCCUGGGCAGCCAAUGCCCGGGUACCCCGGAGCACCAUCACCAAACCCACCCAUGCCUGGUUAUGGAGGAGCACCAGCACCUGUGCCAGGUUACCCACAGGGCCCUUCACCAAAUCCAUCCAUGCCAGCCUACAACCCAGGAGCCAUGCCAAUUGCUCCACCUGUCAACAGAGGAUUCAGGGGAACAAUCACGGACUUUCCUGGAGCUGACCCACUUAGAGAUGUGGAGGUCCUGAGGAAGGCCAUGAAGGGCUUUGGAACUGAUGAGCAAGCCAUCAUCGACUUACUGGGGAGUCGCUCUAACAAGCAGCGCGUUCCUUUGCUCCGGGCCUACAAAACUUCCUAUGGCAAGGAUCUGAUUAAGGACCUGCACUCGGAACUGUCUGGAAACUUUAGGAGUCUGGUCAUGGCCACAUUGAAGACCCCUUCUGAGUUUGAUGCCUCUGAGAUCCACAAUGCCAUAAAGGGAGCCGGAACUGAUGAAGCCUGUCUGAUAGAGAUCCUGUCUUCUCGCUCCAACGCUGAAAUCAAGGAGAUAAACCGUAUUUACAAACAAGAAUACAAGAAGACAAUGGAAGAUGCCAUUAGUGGCGAUACUUCUGGCCACUUCCGCAGGCUCCUGAUCUCUCUUGCCCAGGGUAAUCGUGAUGAACGAGAGCAGGUUGACAUCUCUCUGGCUAAACAAGAUGCUCAGGCCCUGUAUGCUGCUGGAGAAAACAAGCUGGGAACCGAUGAAUCCAAGUUUAAUGCUAUUUUGUGUGCCAGGAGCAAACCCCAUCUCAGAGCAGUUUUUCUUGAGUACCAGCAGAUGUGUGGCAGGGAUAUCGAGAAGAGCAUCAGCAGGGAGAUGUCCGGAGACCUUGAGAGUGGCAUGUUGGCAGUGGGGUUAUGGUACAGUAACUUGUUUUUAGAUGUGAUUUAUUUGAAUCCUUCCGAUGGUUUUGCACAACCAGUCUAUAUGUUUUCAUUGUGAGAUGGUGUGUGGUGCAAUGUUGGAUGUCUGCCAUCGGUUUUGAUGCUGUGUUUCGUUUCCCUCUUCUGGACAGUGUUUUUGUUUCUGUUUUCACCUACAAUAUAUACGUUGCUUUAAAGCUCCAUUAAUGAAUAUUUGGUCACUAGUGGGCAGAAUAUCCCAGAAACAAGCUGACAAACACAGCCCUGACUUGAACUUUUAGCAGACAGAGAGCAACAUUAUCACCCUAUGGCGGUCAUGUUUCCUGCCACCUGAUGAAUGUAAAUCUAAUAUUCACUCUCCUUUUAAGCUCUGUUUUAGUCUCUACCAAUUCCUGAGAAAAAUAUCUGGCUCUUUUAGUUUAGAUGUAGUAGAUGAUGGGUGUUUGACUUCAUCCAUCAUCUACUUGCUAACGUUAUGCUUAACGUUAUCUGCCUUUUGGUGCUGGACAGGUAGCAUACAUCAGGGCUUGUUGCUCUAAACAGCCGCUGCCUGCUGCUGUUUAAAGACCUCAACAGUCCCGCCCCUCCUCCGAGAGACCUUAGGUUUUCCCAUUCAUUUCUCCCAUUGACGUCUGGAAAAAUCCGUAUAUAAUGAGUUUUAGACCAGGGGUCACCAAACUUUUUUCUCUGGGGGCCACAUUAUCGUUCCUGACUGUGAUGGGGGGCCGGGGCCAGGUCAGCUAUAUAACAGAAUUGUAUGACCCAGACCAAAAUGACCACCAGCAGGCCUCAUUGUGUAGCAGAGAUUACUAGCCUGGCACAGCCAUCCCCACUACUAUAUCCUCACUACUAUAUCAACACUUGAUUCCUGGCACAUAUUAGUUUAUCUUUACUAGUGGUUUGCUAAAGUAGUAAUCGAGUCUUCACACUUUGUUUAAAUUUGAAAUACCACAGAUAUUCCAUUUAUUUAUUUUCUAAUAAAAAUAACAUAAAAGCUGUCAAGGUAAGAAACAUCUGCCUAGUUGAGGUGAUUGACACUGGCAAAGGUGAGUGAAAAAUUAUAAAUUAUAGGUAGGCCUGUUGAUAUUAAUAAUAAUAUUAAUAAUAAUUGUGUGCAGCACUUAAUAAAGGUCAAAUAAAUAGGCCUAUAAAAUUAAUUAAUUAAUUAAAAAAACAUUGAAAUUAUACAUGAGUAACAGAACAUUUAACAUGAGUAAUAGAACAACUAGCCAGCUCUUAUGCCUAUCCAGGUGAGAAUGUUCAGUAAAUGUAUUAUUCUAUAGUUCUUGCACAUUUUUAGUUUCACCUUCACCUGCUAGCUAAAUUGCACGUGGCUGUUGAUUC